CGCCCGUCCCUCAACGACGCCGAGGAAUUUUGUCCCGCACCGCGUCCCGUCCGCGGCGGGAAAAGGUUGGCUGCGCGGCCGCCCCUCACGCACCCCGGCACCAUGUCGUUCCGCCGGCUCGUUACCGUCUCGGCCGCCGCGGCCUGCGGCUUGGCGGGCGGCUCCGUCCUCUUCUCCGCCGUGGCGCUUGGGAAGCAGCCGCCGUCGCCUCAGCAAGGGCCGGAGAAGGGCGGCGGGGACGCCCCGGAGUCCCUCGCCGCCUCGCUGACGGGACCUCUGCCGCCUCCCCCGCCGCCGGGGCUGCUACUGUUGCCGUCGCCCAGCGCCUCGGCCGCGCCCGCCUGGUUGGAGAAGGCCAACGGCUGCGGCUAUUGGGAUAAUAACUGGGACAGGAGGGAACCGCUGGCCCUCAUGAACUUGAAGAAGAAAAAUGAAGAGACCGGUGAACAGGAGGCGUCUUCUCGCUUAGCCCGCUAUAAAACAAAAGCUACCAGGCACAUAUUCCUCAUUCGCCAUUCUCAGUACAAUCUGGACGGGCAGCAGGAUAAGGACAGAAUCUUAACAAAGCUUGGCCGUGAGCAAGCUGAGCUGACCGGGAAGAGACUUGCCAGUCUGGGGCUGAAAUUUGAUAAAAUUGUCUAUUCUUCCAUGGCCAGAGCAACGGAAACAACCAACAUUAUUAGCAAACAUCUUCCUG